AUGGCUACACUGCUACCCGUGCUGGUCGCGACGCUGCUCCGCCUGCUGGCGCUGGUCGUGGCCGUGCUGCUCCUCGCCGCAGCCACGAACCCGUCGGACCACUCGUUCGCGCUGUGGCUCAGCCAACAGAACGAGCCGGCGGACCUCGUGCCGGACGCGUCCCUGGGCGUGUCCAAGUGGUUCUCGGCCAUGUACCAGACGGCAAAGGCGCUGGUGCGCAACGAACCACUCGUCUGGCGCUUCCACAACGUGCUGGCCUUCAGCGUCGUCUUCAUGCCGUCGAGGGAGCGCUACGCCUUUGGGAUUUUUGGCACGUGGCGCUGGGCCGACGAGGCCGGGGACUACGUCAAGGCGCUGUGUCGCGCCCCGUGGGUGAAUAAAGUCUCGAGGGGUGGAGUCAUGAGCAGCAUUGAGAAGUAUAUGGUAAGGGGGGCGACGUCCGCGUCGGCGAGAGACGACGGAGCUGUGAGACGCAGGAGAACAGCAGGAGCGACCACGGGGUUUAAUGAUUCAGAGGUGAACGAGGUGGAGACCGAGUCCCACCGACAGAUCAGAGCCAAGGCCUUGCAGUGCAAAGUGCGGAAGGACUGGAAGCACGCAGCGGAGUUUUUCCUGGAGGCGGCGAAAGCGACGGGGGCGCUGCUGCUGAGAGCCAACUACGAGCUGGAGGCCGCCUGGUGCACGCUGGAGGAGGUCGACACGUACCCGAAGACGCAGAGCGAGUUGGUGCGUAAGAUUCGGGGAGUGUGUGACGAGUUGGCAUCGGCCGGGUACUUUGACGAGGCGUCGCGCGGGUUGGCGGAGCUGGCCCUGAGGCUCAAGCGCAGGUUCCCGACCGAUUGCAAGACCGAGGAGCUGGCAAAGCAGGUGGCGGAGCUCUACGUGCAGGCCAAGAAUGUCGCGGAAGCCGGCGGCAGUGUACACAGUGCUGUAGAGAAUGGACUGUGGGCGGCCAGUGUGUACGCGGAAGCUGGCUUGUGGGCAUCCGCGGAAGGGUGCUUUGAGGCUGUUGGGGACAUCCGACGUGUAAACACCCAGUACGACCUUGCAAAUGAAGCGUACGGCAAUGCUGUCCUCUGUCGCCUUGGUCAGCUGGACAUUGCUGGCGCCGAGCACAUGCUCAACCGAUUCACGGAGCACAUGGGCGAGAGUCACCGCCCUAGUGAGAUGGAUUUCUUCCUCUCAAGUUUACUCAAGGCGUGCAACAAGUGGUCGCCACAGAUUCUCGAGACUGCCUCAAAGCGUUACGACUCGUCGCACCGACUGACACCGUGGCAGCGUAAAUGCCUUGCAAAUUUGCAGGAGAAGAUGAAUAAUGCCGACUUGCGAUGA